GAUGAGGAGAGGAGAAAACGGACGACAGAAAGCCUUCUGCCGCAGAGAAAAACCCAGAUUAGGCUAAUUUGACAAACCGCUCCACCGGCAUCCCCGGUGCGUGCACACCGCGUCACCUAUCCUGCGACUAAUACCGACCCACCCAUCAGGUUGUGUUGCUGGUGUAGGGUGGAGCUGGACACACGGAGAGCCGGCGGGAUAACAUCUUUCUCUGAAUGCGUUUUAGAUGAUCUCCGUCAUCACCGUGUCGGUUCAACCGUUCCCCUCUUUAGCGGAUGAGCGAACCUUGGGGGAAAGCGUUACCCCUGUGAUCGGAGGAGGGUUGGAUUCUCCCGAGCUGGUGACCUCCUGCUCUGGGGGACAAAUCCUGCCACCACCUGGCGUCACCGCUCCUCCAGCAGACUGAGAGCGACGGAGCCCACCGAUGCCUCCGGCAGCCCCUGAUGCUCGGCAGUGCUCCGGGGCUUUCCGGUCGGUGGGAGAGGCUGGAGCCGCGGCCGCGCGCUAGGAUGCUGCGCCAGGUGUUGCACGCGGGCCUGAGGACCUCCUUCCACGCGCUCGGCCGGUUCGUUGCGAGCCACCCGGUGUUCUUCGCCUCAGCGCCCGUGCUGCUCUCCAUCCUGCUGGGUGCCAGCUUCAGCCGUUACCGGGUGGAAGAGGAUGUGGAGAGUCUGCUCGCUCCCAAGCACAGUCUGGCUAAGAUAGAAGGCAACCUGGUGGACAGCCUCUUCCCCGUGAACCGCUCCAAGCACGCGCUCUACUCAGACCUGCAAACACCCGUACGCUACGGGCGCGUGAUCGUCACCACCCGAAAGGGGAGCGUGCUGGACCCGGUUCAUCUGGACACAAUAUUAAAGCUCCACAAACGAAUCUACCAGAUGCCGGUGACGGUCCCAGCCACAGGUGUCAACAGCUUCAACUACUCCUUCUCCUACCUCUGUCUCCCAGACGACAAGAACGUGUGCAUCAUUGAUGACAUCAUCCGUGCUAUGGAAGAGAUCCAAUCAGCUCGCAUCUCUAACAGCACCAUCCCAAUACUGCGGUACCCGAUCACGCAGCUUGCAGACGGAAGGCAGGCAUACAUUGGCCACCAGCUGGGUGGAGUGCAGGGCUGGGGUCCCAAUGGGGGGGUGCGUGGUCAGGGGACUGGAGCCAAGGGAGAAGGUGUACGUUCUGCAAGGGCGUUGCAGCUCACCUACUACCUCCAAGCCCGUGGCGGCCUAAUGGACCGGGUGGCCAGCCAAUGGGAAAAUGCCUUCUGUGCCGAGUUACAGCAUUUUGCAGCGUUACACCCUAAACUGGGGCUGCACCCUUCUACUUCCUCUUCUCUGAGGACAGACUUCCAGUUCUCCUCGGUGCUGGCACACCGCCCCCUGUUGGCUAGCUUGGGGGCGUGUGGUGUGCUUGCCAUGCUCUGCUGCACUAUGAGGGACUGUGUGAGGUCCAAACCCUGGUUGGGACUGCUUGCUCUGUUGUCAAUCACUCUAUCAGGCCUCACUGCUGCUGGGAUACUCAACCUGACCGGGACGACCUACAACUCUACGUACCUAGGCAUCCCUUUCGUCAUGCUUGGUCAUGGCCUCUUCGGCUCUUUCGAGAUGCUGUCGUCAUGGAGGCGAACUCGGGAGGACCAGCAUGUGAAGGAGCGGGUGGCGAGUGUGUUUGAGGACGUCAUGCUGCGUUUCUCCGGCUCCACCAUGCUCCACCUGAUGACCCUGGGUCUGGCUGCCUCGCCGCUGACCAACAUGGAGGCCGUCCGGCUAUUUUGCCGCACCGCCAUGUUGGCUGUCACCAUCAGCUACAUUUACAUGCUGUCCUUCUACAGUUCCUGUCUGGUGUUCACUGGGUACUUAGAGACCGGGUACAGACAUGGCUGCUUCUGCCGGCGAGUCCCCAAACCGGAGCGCCUGGACUCUAAGCCGGCCUGGUACAGGUGUCUUAUGUACACUCGCUACCAGGAUGAGGCCCAGACCACCAACCCACCAAUCGGGGUCGGCAACAGUCACUCUCACACACCAAACUCUAACCUAACUCACACACACACACACCCACAUACAGCAAACAACCCUGCCACGCAUGGGCUCGGUCAUGUGGCUAACUCCACACUCACACAUCCACACACACAUUCCACAGCUCACAUGGACCCUAAUCCUCAGGACUCUCACCUUUUGCUGGGAUGUGUGAGGCGUUGCUAUGGAGACUGGAUCACUAACACCUAUGUCAAACCCUUUGUGGUUCUGCUGUAUCUGGUGUACAUCUCCUUUGGAUUGAUGGGCUUCCUGCAGGUGACCCAGGGUUCAGACCCCAGUGCACUGGUUGCCAUGGAUACAGCAACAGUAUUGUACACCCGUGCCCAGCAGCGUUACUUCAGCUCAUACUCCCCUGUCAUUGGAUUUUACAUCUAUGAAAGCGCCCCCUACUGGAAUGCCUCAGUUCAACGGGACCUGCUGGAAUAUGCCAAAGGCUUCCAGCGAAUCAGCUGGCUAGAAGCAUACCUGAACUACCUGACAGAUAACAACCAGUCCACCAGCCAGCCGCGGGAAAACUUCACCCACACGCUCCGUCACUCUUUUCUCCGCGAGCCUCAGUUUGCCCACUUUGCUGAUGACAUCAUAUUUGCGGAGCGUGGUCAAGGCGAGGAGCCAGAUGUGGCGGCGUCCCGAAUCUUCCUGGUGGCCAAGACAACGGAGAACAAGCGGGAGGAGAUGUCAGUGCUGCUGGACACGCUGCGGCGCUUGUCGCUGAGCUCGCGCGUCCGCUUCCUAAUCUUUAACCCCUCUUUCGUCUACCUGGACCGCUACGCUGCAGCGGUCAGCUCCCCCCUCAGACACUCACUGCUGGCGGUGCUCUUCCUGUUGGGUCUCUCCUCUCUGGCUGUAGUGGAGCCUCUGGUCUCUGUGUGGCUGGGCCUCACCCUGCUCUCGGUUCAGUUCGGGGUGCUGGGCUUCAUGACCUUAUGGGGUGUGGAGCUGGACUGCAUGUCUGUGUUGUGUCUGAUCUCAGCCUUGGGACAUUCUGCGGACUGCAGCGGCCCCCUCCUCUGCGGUUUCGCCUCAGGUCGAGGGGACAGCAGGACUCGCUGGGUGAGGGUGGCCCUGGAGAGACACGGGGUGCCCUCUCUACAGACGCUUAUCUGCUACAGCGCCGCCCUGGUGCCUGUUGGGGCAGUACGCUCCAACCUCACACACACACUCUUCCGCUGCCUCACCCUAACGGCCGGCUGCUCGGCCCUUCACACGCUCGCAUUCCUGCCGACCCUCCUCACUUUCCUGCCUCCCUCCAAGACCCCGGGAAACCGACCUGAAGAAGACGGCCAGAGACAGGAGGUGGAGUGCGUGGAAAUGAACGACAGCACUCGUGUGGUUGACCAGAUCACCACUGUAUGAGCAUGGGAUGAGGGGCUCUCGGUUGCCCUGGUGACUGCCGGCUGGGAAUUGGUUCAAUGUAAUCUGAGCAGCCGCUAUUCGUGCUGAAGAGAAGAAUGCCAAUACGUGUAAAACAAGGAGGAAAAAGAGAGUGUCACUAAGAAAAAAAAUAGAGGUGGAGGGUCUAGAGGGAACAGUAAAGGAGAGUCUAGUGGCGAGUGAAGAAAAGAGAAAUAUGAGGGUCAAAUGCAGUGUAUCCAUGGUUACCUGCUUGUUUCUAGUGCUGCGUGGCAUGUUAAUGAGCUCUUUUCCAAACAGCCAAUCAGAUGUUGAGGAUCAGCUGAGGUCAGGUCUGGCUGUGACGUUAUCCCAGAGGAGCAGCCACAAUUUUCACGUGUCCAAAAGUUGCUUUAGAUCUGAUCACACUGUUUGGCUACUGCUAUCUGUGUUCACCAUAUCAGUUACAUACAGCUACAAUGAUAUGAGGCAAUCAUCUGUAUGACUCGAGUAUUUCUACUUUAAUGCUGGACAAAUAAAGUCAAAUCAAGAAAA